GGAGGAAUCGCGCGCAAGACCCCAAAGCACAUCGCCGUCCAUCCUCUGGUUUCAGAUACAGUCGCGUGCGCUCUUCUCAUUCGACUCCUCGAAGCCGGAACGACAGCAUCCCGGAGCGCGGAAAAUUGCACACGAUCGUGCGCGAAAAGCGUGUGCGUCCGUUCGGAAAACGUGUGCGGCCAGCAAGAAGUUUGUUGUUCACACGUUACACGAUCCCCGCAAUCUCUCAACCACCUCAACAUAAAAAAAAACCAGCAGCAACUAACACUCUCAACCCCAAAGAAAAACAAUAAAAAAAAACAAUAAUUAGCAAAAAGGACGAAAAGGACUAUAAGCAAUUAACUCUCUAUAAGGAAUGCGCUACACCUGAGAAGGAACGAAUUUCUUUGCAUCACAACGCACCAGGAUUUAAAUAAGACUGAUUGUGCGCAGGGGCUGAGCUGGAGGAGGAAGGGUCACAUUCUGUCGUCAGGGCUUUCAGAAGUCUUAACAAAUACAGUCGAAGGCGGUUUUUCUACUCCCAUGACAGAUCGUCAGUGUAAGGCUUCAAAGUAAAUUGACUUUUUCGGAUGGGAGUGUGAGGAAGAGACAGCGGUGUCCGAUAUAGCAGUAGACGGGGCCAAAUGAUGAAGGGGAGCAGCAUGAAGAGGACAGCCUUGUGCUUAAUGCUCUUGCUGACAUGGGGUGGAACGGAGAACGCAACCAAUCCAUCGUCGUCAGGUGAGGUUGUCGAGGAAGUGCUUCAGACGAUCGAGGAGGAAGAUAAUUCCAGCCAGGAGUUGUCCUCGCAGCUACAAGAAAUUGAGAUCCGUGCUAAUGGAUGGACGGCGUGGUCGGAAUGGUCAGCGUGCUCCAGAUCCUGCGACGGCGGUGUCUCUCAUCAACUGAGACGGUGCAGGACGAAAGGAUGUCGAGGCGAGAACAUCCGAUACAAAAUAUGCAACAUGCAGCCGUGUCCAGAAUCACACGAAUUCCGCGAAGAUCAAUGCUCUGCGUAUGAUACCUCGCCUUAUGAAGGCACCAGGUACACAUGGACUCCGCACUACGACGAUGUCGAUCCGUGCGCGCUCACCUGCAGAGGAAAAACCGACGAGGAAGAUGCAGUCAUGAUCGUAGCUAGGUUGGCCGAGAAGGUUCAAGAUGGCACCAGAUGUCGUCCUGGUAGUUUGGACAUGUGCAUCGAUGGAAAAUGCCAGAGAGUCGGAUGCGAUCUGAGGAUUGGUUCCAAUAAACAGAUAGACGCGUGCGGCGUCUGCGGCGGAGACGGUUCCUCCUGCUCACGUCCCUUAUACCACUGGACCUUUGCAACCCUAUCUCUUUGUUCGGUGACCUGCGGCGGAGGUUACAAAAUGUCGCGACCCGUCUGCCAGAAUCGCGUGUCCGGCGAAGAGGUCGAAGAGCAACUGUGCAACGCAUCGCAGAAACCGGACGCUUCCGUCGUGCCCUGCAACAUGCACAACUGUCCACCCAAAUGGCAUUCUUCUGAUUGGGGCUCUUGUUCAGUGACCUGCGGGGGCGGAUCCAAAAUUAGACAAGUCCACUGCGUUGAAGAAGCAAACAACACUAAAAUAAGGAUAAACGAAUUGAAAUGCAGCGGAUAUAAGCCCAGGUUCCAGGAAGCCUGUAACCAGUUCGAAUGUCCCAAAUGGCACACGACCCAGUGGUCAGGGUGUUCGGUGUCGUGUGGAUCUGGGAUUCAGGUAAGAGUGUCGGAAUGCAGAGAUCACGAGGACCGACCGAACGACGGAUGCCCAGAAUCCACGAAACCGACUCCAACGAAACCCUGCUCGACGGGAAUACAAUGUCCCUUUGAUGUGGACGAAGGUCUUCCGCAGCCCGCGAUGACCGGAGGACAAGGGGAGGAUCUUCUAUUGCCAGGACUUUACCAUACACAGCCUCUGAUCCAGCCGUAUCCACCUCCAGCACCGGCACACGCAGAGCGCCUCGUCGGCGAACAGAUCAUUCCUUCGGAAAGCACCGAUUUCAAAGUGUUCUUUGCCUGCGGUUGGGUAUACGUGAGAUUUAUACCGGAAGAAUGGGGACCGUGCAGCGUGACAUGCGGUGAAGGGACGAGGCGUCGCGACGUCCACUGUAAGAUCUUCUUGGAGUUCUCCAGGACCAUUGCGAAGCUGCCCGACAGACAGUGCUCCGGUCCCAAACCAUCCGAAAACGAAAGAUGUUACAUGGAACCUUGCAGCUCGGAGAGGAUUGACAUAAAGGACGAUCCGUUUAGACAAUCUGAAGGAGGAAUAAAGGUGGUUCCUGGAAUUCCAGGAAAGUCGUACACCUGGCGAGAACAGGGCUACACGCAUUGCAGCGCGACAUGCCUGGGAGGUGUCCAGGAGUUGAUCGUGAAUUGCGUGAGAGAUGACAACCAAAAGAUAGCGUCACCAUAUCUGUGUCCACGUGAACUGAAGCCCGAGAUUUUAAUCAGGACAUGCAACGAUCAUCCGUGUCCUCCGCGCUGGAACUAUUCAGAUUUCCAACCUUGCACGCAGUCUUGUGGAAUCGGCAUUCAGACGAGAGAGGUGAAUUGUAUCCACGAGGUCACCCAUGGAGGCGGCAACACCGUUGUCGUACCGAACAACAUGUGUCCGGAACCACAGCCCCCAGACCGUCAAUACUGCAACGUCUUGGACUGCCCUGUCAAGUGGAAGGUGUCGGAUUGGUCCAAAUGUAACAAGAUCUGCGGCGGCGGUGAGAAGUCCAGAAAAGUCGAAUGUAAACAGGUCAUGGCACAAAACCAUACCGUUGACCGACCUCACGCCAUGUGCCCCAACCCGAAACCACAAGACAAGAAACCCUGCAAUACCAAAUCUUGCGUUCUGGAUACAGACAAACCGAUUAUAGAGACUUCGAACUCCACCUUCAUACAGCACGACGUGAAGAAGACGAAGAUAUCGUUGAAAAUCGGCGGCGCUGCCACCGUUUACCACGGAACAAUCAUCAAAAUUAAAUGUCCGGUGAAACGAUUCAAUCGCACCAAAAUCCAAUGGGCGAAGGAUCACCAGUACCUUUCAAAAUCCAAGAAGUUCAAGAUGUCCAAAAAGGGAGCGCUGCGUGUUACCGGUCUUACCUACAGAGAUUCCGGUGUUUACACCUGUGUAGCCGGUCGAUCGUCCGCGGAUCUCACUCUGACCGUACGACCCAAACCUGGCGAGUUCAUUAAUUCCGAGGAAGUAGAGAGGCACGUAGGUUACCGCAACGAGCGCGUUGACUUCGAAAUUGCAGACGUUCAUCCGGAUCGCGACAGUAGCAACCCCAUGUUCGACGAUCGCAGUCACGAGAGGAGACCCGAUAUGCCAUCGAAGCAGAGCAGGAAGCCGAAGACAACGCCACCUUCUCCUGUCAUCAAACUGGAUUACAACAGUUUAAACGGCUGGCCACCAAGCAGCACACCCAAAUCAGAUCAUGACCAGAUGAUAGCGUCCCAUCUUCCCGCUAACUCAGAGGACGCCUCGGUCUCCUCGUCUGGUAGCAGGAAUAUGCCUCACUUCCAAAAACUUAUUUCCAAUCUGCAGCAAUUGUGGCCCUUUCAGACGUUCAGCAACUCCCGGGGUCACCGAAUGGUGGCCUUCCCAUUCGACGAAUUGCAGACCAUCUCCAACAUGGAACUGACCACCGAACUGCGUGCCGAUGACGACGAGAACGAAGAUGAGGAGGGAUCCGUCGUGGUGCUGGGAAAAGGAUUGCCGGAGCAUCUGAAGUUCGAAUGGAUCUUGACGGAUUGGUCCAAGUGUUCGGAGCCUUGUGGAGGAAACGGUCUGCAGAUGCGAACGAUCCACUGCAUAGUGCGUUUGCACAACAAGACGCAGGGCGUGAAGAGCACCCUCUGCGACGACGCCGGUCUCGAAACGCCGGAAGCAAUACGAAAAUGCGGCCUGUCCGACUGUCCAAAAUGGGUGGUCGGUGAAUGGUCCAGGUGUUCCGAAUCCAAAUGUUUCGCUUGGAACACCGCGAUGCAAAGACGAGAUGUGCAAUGCCAGAAUACGGACAACUUUACGCUACCGAACGGCAGAUGCAAUUUCCGCGAGAGGCCCAUCCACAGACAAGAGUGCUUCGCGGAGAAAUGCGUCGGGAAAUGGAAAGUCGGUGCCUGGUCUAAAUGCUCUGCGGGGUGCGACAUGCAAGGCGUCAAAUACAGGAAGCUGCAGUGUGUCUGGUUCGGAACGAAGAAACCUGCGGACUCUGCAUGCAAAGAUAAACCCAGGCCUCCAGCAGUGAAGACCUGCAAAGGACCACCCUGUACAGCUAUAAGCGAUGAAUGCAAGGACUACUCGAUGUUCUGUCCCAACGUGAAAACCAUGAACAUGUGCAGAUUGUCAGGAUAUCAACAGCAGUGCUGCGUUUCGUGCGGUACCGGAUGAAAACCAGGAGCUUAGUUGUUUAUUAAAAGAAAAGUAAAUGAAGAGAAGAACACACAAAAAAAAAUCAUUCUAAAUUAUUGACUUUACGUUUACGAAGAUAACAGAUCUAAUUCGAGUUUUUCCUUUCAAUUGUACUAUAUUAUUAAAACAAACAGGAAGGAUAUAAGUGCAGCACUUUAGCAAUAGUAGUUAGUGAAAGUAACCUAAAUAAUAAUGUUGUCUGUUAUGAUUUCCCAUUGAGUUGUAUGAAAUACCGAACGAACUGUAACAAUAAUACUUAUUGCGGUUCGACAGUAAUGUAUGUACAUAUUUUUCAAGACUGAUUUUGUAAUUUAGUUCUAAUUCGUUUCCCUUGAGUAUAAUAGAAAGAAAGAAAAAAAAAACUACUACAUAGAAAUACAUUCCAAGGUGCUCAAUCCGCAGACUUCCAUUAAAAGAGAAAUUUAAAUAAAAUUCUGUAAUAGGAACUAAGAGUUAUGGAAAUUAAUUGAAGCUUAUUUGAUUUUUAUUAUGGAUUUAUGUGUCAAGGAUGGACGCAGUUUGUGGAUUGAUUGGCAUUUAUUUGUUUUGUUUUGAGAAGACGAAUGAAUGAGAUAUACAUUCCAUUAUAAAUUUAGUUUUUACGUUGCAACGCAACAAGCGUAAUCCAUCUCUUGGAACGUGCGGAGAUCGGCACCUGCGUAAGUUUUCAUUGCCAUAUUAGUUAUUGUAGUGGUUAGUAGCAAAAUGUACCUCUUAUUAUUAUUAUUAUUUGGUCUUCUC